AUGGAGGCUACCGCUGUAGACCGUCGUCUGGGAGCCUUUCUCCUACACCUGUCAGCGGCCCUCCAGCUCUACUCCCAACAAAGGGACCCCUGGUCGGAUGUAGUGGUCCGCAGUUGUAAGAAGGCUCCUGCCAGGGCUCCGUGUGGGGUUUCCUCCUCUGUUGGCAUCCCCCUCUCCAACAAAUAUUCAGCUCUGUCCAUGACUGUGGAGCCACUGGACCAGGGCCCUGCUGAUCCCAAGGUCUCCCCGAGGGAUGCUGCGCCCUCACUGACAGACACCACAGCCUUCCCUCCACUCAUGGCUGCCUGUGCCCCACCGGGCCAUCCAGCGUCGGGCCAUCCAGCGUCGGGCCGUCCAGCACCAUGCUGCUCGCCUCCGUCCCCCCGUCCCUCAGCCCAGCGGAGGCGGCUCCUCAAGGACGUGGUGCGGUGCCACACUCGACGUCCUCAUCCCCGGGUGCCUGACGGGGAGGGCGGCUCGGAUGGUUUUCAUCUUAAUAGAGCUGGCACCCGCGUGCUGGCUGCCAACCUGGCAUACAGUCUACAACACACUCAACUCUCACUUUCCUCCCAUCACCCCAAACGUAUACCAACUGACCUUUCCACCACUGAUUGA